CAGAAGCUGUAUCUUGAAAACCUCCCAAACACAAGUAUUAUCAUCCCGUUCCAUAAUGAAGGCUGGUCCUCUCUGCUCAGAACCAUCCUCAGCAUCACCAACCGCACACCCGACCACCUGAUCGCAGAGAUCAUACUGGUAGACGACUACAGUGACAGAGAGCACCUGAGGGUGCAUCUGGAGGAGUACAUGUCCAGAUUUCCUAAGGUCCGUAUCGUGCGCACCAAGAAGCGAGAGGGUCUGAUCCGCACACGGCUGCUGGGAGCAUCGGUGGCUAGAGGAGAAGUCCUUACUUUCCUGGAUUCUCACUGUGAAGCCAACAUCAACUGGCUGCCGCCCCUGCUCGACCAGAUCGCACAGAACCCCAAAACCAUUGUGUGUCCCAUGAUAGACGUGAUUGACCAUAACCACUUUGGAUACGAGGCACAGGCGGGGGACGCCAUGAGGGGAGCCUUUGACUGGGAGAUGUACUAUAAACGCAUUCCCAUCCCAUCUGAACUACAAGGACCAGACCCCAGCGACCCAUACGAGUCUCCUGUGAUGGCCGGAGGCUUGUUUGCUGUAAACCGACAGUGGUUCUGGGAACUGGGAGGAUAUGACACAGGCCUUGAGAUCUGGGGUGGUGAGCAGUUUGAAAUAUCUUUCAAGGUGUGGAUGUGCGGAGGCGGCAUGUAUGAUGUACCUUGUUCGAGGGUGGGCCACAUCUACAGGAAGUACGUCCCCUACAAGGUGCCUUCAGGGACCAGCCUGGCAAGAAACCUGAAGCGAGUGGCAGAGACAUGGAUGGAUGAGUACACAGAGUACAUCUAUCAGCGCCGGCCCGAGUACCGCCACCUCUCCACCGGUGACCUGACCGCUCAGAAAGAGCUCCGCAAACACCUCAAAUGUAAAGACUUCAAAUGGUAUAUGAACACUGUGGCCUGGGACCUGCCCAAAUAUUACCCACCUGUGGAGCCACUGCCAGCUGCCUGGGGAGAGAUCCGUAAUGCAGCGUCUGGUUUGUGCAUCGACUCUAAACAUGGCUCCACGGGCACCGAGCUGCGUCUGGACACUUGUCUGAAAGAGGGCGCAGAGCGAACAUGGGCACACGAGCAGAUUUUCACAUUUGGCUGGAGAGAGGACAUCAGGCCUGGGGAUCCCCUACACACCAGAAAAUUCUGCUUCGAUGCUAUUAGUCAGAAUAGCCCCAUCACCCUGUAUGACUGCCAUGGUAUGAAAGGCAACCAGCACUGGAGCUACAGGAAGGAUAAGUCUUUGUACCACCUGGUGAGCAACGGUUGCAUGGACUGUAGCCUCGGCGAUAAGCGGAUUUUCAUGAACAAGUGCAACCCCGAGUCUGAAACACAACAGUGGAUCUUCCAGAAAGUCAACACUACCGUUCUGGACAAAUUCAACAGCGGCACCAGCUCAUAGGACCUGGGGUUGUGGUCGAGCCAGUCAGCUGGCUUCCACACAUACACACACCUCCCACAAUCCUUAACGUGGGCCUGGAUGUUGUUGCUGUCUGGCUCUGGGUUCCUCUCAAGGUUCUGCAGCAGACUGAGCAAGAGCAGGCUCUUGAAAGAGGAGACUAGAAACACAGAGAGACACAAGGCUGGUGGAAACGCAUCCACAAUGAGCACCUUGCUGGUCGAGGAGAAUACAAACAGCCUGGACUCUCU